AUGGCAGAUGAAGAUAGUUAUUUUGACGACGACGAUGAUGAUCCACCACCACCAACUAAAUCAACAUACGAUCCCUUCAAUCCAACCGAAGACGGUUCGCAAGCUGCUAAUGAUGACGAAGAUGAAAUAGACCCCCUGGACGCUUUUAUGGCCGAGAACAAUAAAAAAGCAGCGAUCGAUAAGAAAAAUAUCGGCAAAUCUAAGCCCAAGCAAAGAGCAGUUAGAGAAGACAUCGAGAAAAAAGAUUCAGAGGAGCAAUUUUACGACUACAUAAAGGCGAAUCCCAACGCGGGAAAAGCCUUCACACAUGCGGAAGAAGAGGCUGAAGAAGAAAUCGUUUACGACGAGUAUGGAAACGCCACAAAAGUCAAGAAAGAGAUUGACCCUCUACCAGUGAUCUAUCAUUCCGAAAUCAACUAUCCAUCAUUCCAAAAGAACUUCUACAAACCCCACGAAGAUAUUCAAAAUGCGUCAAAGAACCAAAUCAACAAACUUCUCGGAGAACUCGGAAUUAGAAUCGCUGGAUAUCAGCCGCAAAAGCCCGUUUCUUCCUUUGGACACAUGGGAUUUCCUGAUCGGCUGUUGGAGAGGAUACGAAAAGUGGGAUUCACAGAUCCGACUCCGAUUCAGUCCACGGCGAUUCCUCAGAUUUUGGGUGGAAGAGACGUGAUUGGAAUCGCUCAAACUGGAUCUGGUAAAACCGCUGGGUUCGUGUGGCCAAUCAUCUAUCACGUGACAAAGCAAAGACCGCUCAAAUACGGUGAUGGACCCAGAGCGUUGAUAAUGGCUCCGACCAGAGAGCUGUGUCAGCAGCUGUACGCCGAGGUGCGAAAAUUUUCGAAAAACUACGACUCCGUCCGCGUCGGAAUCUGCUUUGGUGGAGGGAACAUGUACGAGCAAGGGAAAGAAUUGAAGAUGGGUGUCGAAAUUCUCGUCGCUACGCCUGGCCGUUUGAUCGAUCAUGUCAAAAAAGGAAACACCGAACUCUCGAAUUGUACCUUGAUUUGCCUGGAUGAGGCUGACCGAAUGCUGGAACUUGGAUUCGAGCCUCAAGUGCGCUCGAUUUGCAACCACGUCCGUCCCGAUCGACAGUGUCUUUUCUUCAGCGCUACUUUCAAGAAGAAAAUUGAAAUGCUCGCAAAUGAUAUUCUCAAUGAUCCGGUGAAGCUCACGCAGGGGCAAAUUGGUCAAGUGAACGAAAAUGUCACGCAGACCUUUAAAAUUCUCGGCCAAGAACAAAAACUCCACUGGUUACUUACCAAUAUCGUUCCGUUAACGGCCGAGGGAUCUUUGCUCGUCUUCGUCACGAGAAAAGCUGAUUGUGUGACAGUCCAUGAAGAAUUGAAGAAAAAUGGCUUCAAGACUGGAGUUAUUCAUGGAGACAUGCAUCAGGCGGAACGAAAUGAUGCAAUCCAAGCAUUCAAGCAGCGGAAACUCGCGACUUUAAUCGCCACAGAUGUCGCUGCCCGUGGUCUUGACAUUUCUCACAUCAAAACUGUAAUCAACUACGACCCUGCUAGAAAUUAUGACACUCAUGUUCACCGGGUUGGUCGAACUGCCCGAGCUGGAAAUACCGGAACGGCUAUUUCUCUGUUUACUCCUCAAGAUACUGAGUACGCAGGCAUCGUUGUCCGGUCAAUUGAGACAACAAAACAGCCUGUUCCUGAUGAGAUGCUCAGACUGGCUAUGCGAGAUCCAGGCUUCAGGAUGACUCGAGGCAAAGAUGGGAAGAACAUUGGAUAUUCAGACAAUGAUCGUGGUGGAUUAGGGUCUGGCAGUGGAAACAAAUUUGUUCCAGAGUUCGUCGAAUAUAGAGCGCCAGCAGGAACAGCAAAGAAUCCAUACCUGGAGCGCCCACCGCCGAAAGAUCCAUCACUUGCCGUUCCACCACAAAAUCGACCGAAGCCGAUGGGUUCGGGCGCAGGAAAUCCACCACAGGGAGUUCAAGGAGUUUCUGGUGUUCUUCAAGGACAAGGAAGCUCCGUCAUGUCCGAUCGAGCGAUUGCGAUGAGAAAAGCGAUGCAAAGUCGUUUCGGGCGAUCAUUUGUGGCUGGGAAAGCGGAUGAAAAGCCGAAAAUUGAAUACACGGAUCCCAGCGUGCGCCCUACUCUUGACCAGCUGUACCAAGAGCAUACUACUGGAAUGCCAGCGGUGGCGCCGGCUUUUCCAAAUCCGCACUAUCAGAUGCCGAUGGGCGAUGCGACACCAGCGCCUCCAGUUUACAACGACUCUGACCAAUUCCAUGGACAAACGGGAGAACGAAGCCCUAAUCGUGCGGAUGAAAAUAUUGCUACAGAGUGCUGGGAUGCAUCCGGCGAUUUUGAACAAGACAUCGGCAUCAUGCCUUGGCACCCAGAAGAUGCCGCAGUUUUACCUUCCCAACAAUGCCGCGUGCUUACCGAUGAAGAUCGAGCAAAAGUCCCUAAUUCUCAAAAUGAAAAGAUCGUCUUCUCACUUCACAUUCCUGUCAAUGGCGAGGUUCUGACCCGCUGGUUUAGCUACAUGCUCGUUCUGGUGUAUCCAGAACUCAAAUCACUUGCGAAACCGAAUGCGACCCAAAUCUGGUUUGAUGCUAAAUUCUAUCACCGAGACAAUCCGAAUGAAAAAUGGUCGCUCAGUCACAAAAAACAUUUCUCAAGAAACUACAAUUGCGAAGAAAUGAAAUUUCCUGGCGGCGUAGACUACGCUUGCCAACCGAUGAAUUUCGUCGAACUGGGCAGUGUUCCUCACAAAUACUAUCUCGUCAACUUCAAGCUUCGUAAAUUCGACGCAGAGGGAAAUCACAUCAACGAAAAAAUCGGCAUCUUCAGCCAUGUCAACAUGCCAGUAAUCUAUCAAAGUCCUGAAUUCACCAAGUUGUGGCUCAGUCUCCAAACCUGCGUUUUCUUCUCUCAGUGGUUCUUUCUCGUUUGGUUUGCCAAUCGAAUUUCGCAGCUGAGAAGGCCAAAGACGCUCAUUGAAAAGUCAAUUCUAGCGCUUGGAAUUUCGAUUCAAAUUGGAAACUUUCCUGUUCAAUGGCUGGCGCUUUUCAUGGAAGCGCCUUGGAUGCUGCUUCUUUCCGACAUUCGACAGGGUCUGGCGUACAUGACUCUCUUUGGCUUCUGGUUGAUUUUCAUGAGUGAGCAUUUGCUCGACAAGCCACAUCGGGACAAUUUGAAGAACUACGCUCUCCAGCUCUGUUUUGUUCUCCUCUGCGGGCUUUCCAUGUUCGUUCUUGAUUGUGUCGAGCGAGGCUGGCAACUGAAAGAUCCUUUCUGGUCGGUUUGGGACACUGUUCACGGGCGAAAUGCAGCUCAUGCCAUGCCCAUUGUUGGAGGAAUCUUCGGCGCGCUUUACUUGGUCAACUUGAGCGUGAUCAUCUUCAGAGUGAGCUACAACUUGUUCAAGCGGCAGCAACACUUUGUCGGAAAACUCCAUGCUGAAGGACUGAUCUUACGUUUCCAGAUCAUCAUUGGAUUCACUUUCUUCUGCGCGAUUGCUUCUCUUAUCGCCUUUUACUACAACGAAGCAACUGAUACGCCUGUUAUCAUCAACAACCAUCAUAUUCAAGUUCAAUCAGCUAUCUACACAGGUCUCUACGUUUUGUGGAAUUUGUAUGUCUUAUCCGUGAUGCUUCUUUACGCUCCGAGCCACAAAUUUGGCUCAAACGCGGAUUUGUCCGAAAUGGCGCCUUUGAAUUCCGAGGUUUCUUCUGUUUCCGGAUCUCGAGUUGACUCCCUCCAGUCAAUUUCCCAUCAAACUUCUACGCGCGACGAUAUGCACUUGCUAGCUACGCUCACUGCUGAUAAAACAACUGCUGACUAA